AUGUCAAGUAAAAAAAAAAGAGAACGUUCAAAUCUUCCUAUUGAAAUAAAUCCAUUUACUUUAGCUACACAAGUUACAAAGCAAGUAGUAGCAAAUAACGAAAAUUAUAAUGAAUUAGUAUCAGACUUAGAAUCUCAAAAUGAAAGUGAAACUGAUUCAAAUAAUGAAAUUAAACCUGAACCAUUAACAAAUCCUUUAAUAUUGUAUUGUAAAUGGUAUGAAAAAGCAAAAUUUAAUAAUAUUUUUACUGAAGGUACAAGCUGGUUUAAAGAACAAUAUUUAAUUCGACAUUUAAAUUCAAAAGAUCAUCAAAAAGCACAAGAAAUUGAAACACAUAUUCAGUUAACUAUUAAUGAGAGUAUUAGAAAGCCUUUAUCAGUUGAAAAAUUAAAAGUUAUUCAAAAUAUGCGUAAUAUGUAUUGGUUAGUAGAAAACAAUAUAGCAACAUUAAACCUUCAAGAUUUAUGUAAUUUAGUAGAAACACAAAUUCAAAAUAAAGAAGAUUAUAUAAUUUCUACUAGCGCAUGUACUAUUAGACCAGUUUCUUUAACAAAUAUAAUACCUGAAAAAAGAUAUAAGUAUGGUUCAUAUUCAAAUAACCAUGCUGGACAUGAUUUUAUUGAAGCAAUUGCACGAGUAAUUGAAGAAUCAACUAUUAAAGAACUAACUGAAUCUUUGACUUGGAGUAUAAUGAUUGAUGAAAGCACUACAAUUACAAAUGAAAAAAAUCUUGCUAUAGUAUCAAAACAUCUUGUUCAAAAUAUUCCAUAUUAUAGAUAUCUUGGAAUGAUACAACUUACUUCAGGAACUGCUGAUGCUAUAAUCAAUGAAUUAUUACGAUUUUUUAUAGCUAAAAAUUUACCAACUAAAACAUUAUUUCAUAUGGGAUCAGAUGGUGCAAGCGUAAUGUUAGCUACUCAAUUAAAAGCAUUGUAUCCUUUUUUAACUGAACAUCACUGUAUUUCACAUCGUUUAGCACUUGCUGGUAAAGAUGCUGCUAAAAAAGUUCCAUAUUUUAGUCAUUAUGAAUAUAUUGUUAAAAAACUUUAUACCUAUUUUAGUACAUCUUUUUUACGAAUGCAAAAUUUAAAGAUGAUAGAAAAAGAAUUUGGUGAUCCAGAAUUAGUACUUCUUCAAAUAGUUACAACUCGUUGGCUUUCAUUUUCUAAUGUAGUUAAAAAUUUACAUCAAAUUAUUAAUUCAGUUGUUGAAGCUUUAUUAGAAGAUAGUUUAACAGAUAAAAUAGCAGAGUUUUUAUAUUUAGAAAUUGAUAAUAAUUUUUAUUUAACUACAUAUUAUUUAGCAGAUAUUAUGGGAUAUUUAAGACGAUUAACAUUACUUUUUCAAGCUAAUUAUGUAUCUUUAUUUGACAUGAAACUUCAACUGAAUUCAACAAUUCAGGCUAUUACUACUGAAUUUAUUGGCGAAAAAGAUAUAGCACCAACAUGGGGAACUCAUUUAAAAAACUAUCUAAUAGAAAAAAAUAUAGAUGAUUUUGAAAUACCAUUAUUUGUUCAAGAUUUUGCAAAAGCUGUUAUUGAAAGUUUAAAUGAAAGAUUUCCAGAUCAUAAUCUUAUUGAUGCAUUCUGCAUAUUUGAUCCAAAAGAAUUACCAAGUAAUAAAAGUAUGCUAGGAUAUUACGGUCAAGAAUCUAUUCAAAAAUUAAUUAAUUUCUAUGGAGUUACAAAAUUUAUUAAAGAUAAUGAAAUUUCAGCUAUUAUUAAUGGUACAGAACUUUUACAAGAAUGGUCUAUAUUUCGUUCUUUAUUAUAUAAUUUUCAAAACUUUAAAUUAUAUGAAGCUUGGCAAAAUAUUUUUAAAAUUGAAAAUUUUAAAAUACUUUAUCCAAAUAUUUCUAUUUUAGCAUCAUUAUUACUUAUUUUGCCUCUUUCUAAUGCUUAUGUUGAAAGAGUAUUUUCAUAUCAAAAUAAUAUUAAAACAAAAUUACGAAAUCGUAUACAAUUAGAAACUCUUAAUGAUCUUCUUAUAAUUUCUUUAAAUGGACCUUCUAUAGAAUUAUUUGAUUUUGAAAAAGCUUAUAACUAUUGGAUUUCUAAUCCUCGUUAUAAUUUUAUUUAA